GGUAUCUGCUGCCAUAGCCGGAAGUGCUCAUCUGUCGCUGGGCGCGCGGAGACAGGAGCAAGGUGAGACGAAAGACGAAGACGAAGAGAAUCAGGCACACGGUUUUCGAGUCGGUGUCUACGAUGGCGGCGAUGGUGGUCGUGCUGCUGCUGGGGCUUCUCCAGCUUGCCGUUCCUGGACUUGCUCAAAGUCCGCCACCUGGUACGGUAAAGAUCGAGAGCUUGACCUUUGCUGGCACUGGCUGUCCGCCUGAAGGUACAGAGGGCAUACUCUCCGACGACGGAAUUUUGGGUUUGGCUUUCACGAAGUUCAAAGUGUUCACCCCAGGACGUAAAGCUGACCUGCGGAAAACCUGCCAAGUGGCCGUCCACCUGAGCUAUCCUGCUGGGUUCACGUUUAGUGUGCGAACUGCGACAUUCCGAGGGUCCGCCCAGUUCGAGGAAGGCGUCACGGGUUCACUGGCAGCCACGUACUACUUCUCGAGAGUCCCAGGGACACCCAGAUCCUCGCGCAGCUUGCCUCCUCCCGUCGAAGGCAACUUUGAGUUCUCCAACAGCUUCGACACCUUUGUCUAUUCACCGUGUGGCAGUCAGUCGGUGACGCUCAAUGUCGUUUUCGGGGCAACAGUACUGCCUCCAUCCAGGCCGAAUAAGAACAACAAGGGCUCGAUCACCGUCACCAGGCCGGGUUAUAGUCUGCUCUGGAAGAAGUGCUAAGGGCAUACUCGUAUAAAAGCGUUUCUGGAGCAUCUGGCGGCAAAUGCAGCGAGAUCCAGUUCAGAAAGUCGUAAUGUGAGCAUGGCCUAAGCUGAUUUAACCAGGCGUCAACAACAGGGGGGGGCGGUCGUUCGACAUCAGCAAGCCACUUGGACAGAAACAUAAUGAGCGUCCGGGAGGGGCUCAGCCUGGAGAUUAGUGGAUUACUCUAUCGGUCCGCAGCUGCAUGGUAUUGUCCGGGGCGCGUCACUGAGCGUGGUCAGCUAAGAACUGGCGACAUCACCGAUGCAGGCGAUCGGACGUGUGUGUGUACAACAGCCUAGCCAGUUGUGGAACUGGUCACUCAACGAUCAUUAUAAUUAUAUAUAGAGUACGUAUUUAAUGUCUGGCAGGCGAGCGAGUUCCACGUCAUUUAAUUUUUAAACCUGGAAAAGAAUACGCUGGCAUCUAGGACUUCCGGUGCCUUGCGUAAAGAUGAAGUAGACGGCCGUAGCGAACAACAAGGGAUACUGCUUAGUAUUUAGUGCUCUCUGUCUCUGUCUCUCUCUCUCUCUCUCUCUCUCUCUCUCUCUCUCUCUCUCUCUCUCUCUCUCUCUCUCUCUCUCUCUCUCUGUGUUCACUUUUGUUGGCUUGGUGGCUUGCUCUUUCGCUUGCUCCAUGUUCGUGUGUGGCGCACAUCUUCAGAGUGCGAGUCGACAUCCACAGGAGUAUCUCGACCGUGGAGGCACGAAGUGCGAUAUUAGCGUGAAUAUGAUCUCCUCUCGUUAAGAAGAAUCGUCUUUUUCAAUGAAUUCCUGCAUAUGUU